AUGUCUGAGUGGGGGACUAAUAUUCAACAACACGUCAAAGAUUUGCGGCCAGUCUCGCUAAUAGUGAUUCUUGUUGUCGCUAUCGGCCUUGGAUGGUGGCUAAAGUCGCUUCAUUUACCUACUACUUUCAAAAUACCCGGCCCGUGGUAUCUCAAAUUCACCAAUCUUUGCGUCAUUUACGUCGAAGCUUUGGGCCACAGGAGAGAAUGGAUUCACCAGCUACACCUGAAGUACGGGCCAGUCGUGCAGAUUGCGCAUAACGAAGUAUCCUUUGUCAGCUACACAGCAGCUAAACAGAUUUAUGUGAGCGGCUCGAAGGACUUUGAGAAAACAGAUUUCUAUGAUAUCUUUCAACAGCGUGGACACAUUAACUUGUUCACCGCCCGAGAUCCUCACGUGCAUGCCAAAAUCAAAAAGCCUCUCGCAGAUCGGUAUUCCAACAGCAAUAUCUUGAAGUCGAAAGUCAUGGAUUCGAUUGCUGAACGAGCUCAAGAGUUCGUCAAGCAAUGCUUAGCUACAAGGUCUGCCGAUGUUUAUCUCUAUCUUCACGCUUACGCGUUGGAUUGCGUUACAUCCAUGCUCUUCCACCCCUACAACGCUCAUUCUCUUGAUAGAAAACAUGACCGGGAUAUGGUGCACCUUUUCUCCUACGCCAAUGUCAGAGAAGGCAACUAUUAUUUCCCAGCCCUCAUGUCAGUGUAUUACGCAAUGGUGCCUGGCCAGCAGGACAAAAGGACUCGAGGACGAGAUCAGCUUCGCCGAUACAUGGACGAAACAUUGGCCAAGUCGGAUCAUUCUGACUUCACGCUUGUAUCUCGAUUGAAAUCUUUGGAGGACUUUCCGGAAUCACUAACCAGAGCGGAGUGCAUGGAUCACAUGGGUGCCGGUGUGGAAACUACAGGCGACUGUCUCUGCUUUUUGCUACGGGAACUCUCCCAGCCUCGAUCUGGGCCAAUAGUUAUGAGUCUCCGCCGGGAACUACAGACUGCCACAUCUCAGCAGGAUCUCGCCAACUUAUCAUACCUCAACGCAGUGGUACAAGAAGCCCUGCGACUCUGGGCACCCGGUACGCUCACUCUCCCUCGUCACGUGCCUUCUGGUGGACGCUUAAUCGACGGAUACAUGAUACCUGGCAAUAUAAUAGUCGGCGUCCCGUCAUAUUCGCUGCACAGACUUGACUAUGCCUUUUCCGAGCCCUUCAAGUUCAUACCUGAGCGUUGGCUAAACGACGAAGGAUCGGUGGAUCGACAGCGGGUGUUCUUGCCCUUCGGAGGUGGUUCUAGGCAAUGCAUUGGAAAAUUCCUAGCACAAGCUGAGAUGAGGUCUUUGUUGCAUGCUGUCUAUUCUCGGUACCGUACUAUCCCAGCCAAGGACAUGGACGCUUGUAUGGAUCUCGAUGACCAGGUUCUUGUAUCCCGUCCGAAAGGAACAAGUUGCAAGCUUGAAUUCGUCCCAGCCGAAGCGUAA